ACCUCUCGCUCGCACACCUCCGGUUUCAUUUCCCAUCCUCCCCACUACCCCCAACUCGAAAACCCACCACUCCUCUCCUCUCCCCCGCCGUCUCUCUCAGAUCAGAUCACACCGCCCGGCCACGAUCCCGGCGGUUCCCGCUCCAAUCCUCCAUUCCGCGAAUCGGAGGGGUGGACUAGUUUAUUUUCUUCCGUAGGGGGGCGCGAAGCUUCAUCUUCUACAUCCGCGCUUGUUUCAGCCAUGAUGUCGCGGUCGUACACCAACCUGCUCGAUCUCGCGGAGGGCAACUUCGCGGCGCUGGGGCCCUCGGGCGGCGGGGGCCGGCGCCGCUCGGGCUCCUUCGGGAUGAAGCGGAUGUCGCGGGUGAUGACGGUGCCGGGCACGCUAUCCGAGCUGGACGGCGAGGACGACUCCGAGCCCGCCGCCACCAACAGCGUCGCCUCCGACGUGCCCUCCUCCGUCUCGGGCGAGCGCCUGCUCGUCGUCUCCAACCAGCUGCCCAUCCUCGCGCGCCGCCGCCCCGACGGCCGCGGCUGGACCUUCUCCUGGGACGACGACUCGCUGCUCCUCCAGCUCCGCGACGGCGUGCCCGACGACAUGGAGGUGCUCUUCGUCGGCGGGGUCCGCGCCGACGUCCCCGCCGCCGAGCAGGACGAGGUGGCGCAGGCGCUCUACGACCGCUUCCGCUGCGCCGCCGUCUUCCUCCCGGAGUCCCUCCACGACCGCUUCUACCACCGCUUCUGCAAGCGCACCCUCUGGCCGCUCUUCCACUACAUGCUCCCCUUCUCCGCCUCCAUCUCCCCACCCUCCCCCUCCUCCACCCCAUCCGACAACGGCCGGUUCGACCGGGGAGCCUGGGAGGCAUACGUGCUCGCCAACAAGUUCUUCUUCGAGAAGGUCGUCGAGGUGAUCAACCCGGAGGACGACUACGUGUGGGUGCACGACUACCACCUCAUGGCGCUGCCCACCUUCCUGCGCCGCCGCUUCAACCGCCUCCGCAUCGGCUUCUUCCUGCACAGCCCCUUCCCCUCCUCCGAGAUCUACCGCACGCUGCCGGUGCGCGAGGAGAUCCUCAAGGCGCUGCUCAACUGCGACCUCAUCGGAUUCCACACCUUCGACUACGCCAGGCACUUCCUCUCCUGCUGCAGCAGGAUGCUCGGCAUCGAGUACCAGUCCAAGCGCGGAUACAUUGGCCUCGAGUACUUUGGCCGCACCGUGGGCAUCAAGAUCAUGCCCGUCGGGGUGCACAUGGACCAGCUGCAGUCCGUGCUCGCCCUGCCCGACAGGCACUGGCGGGUCUCCGAGCUGCAGCAGCAGUUCGAAGGCAAGACCGUGCUGCUCGGCGUCGAUGACAUGGAUAUCUUCAAGGGGAUCAAUCUCAAGCUCCUCGCGUUCGAGAAUCUGCUGAAAACGCACACCAAGUGGCAGGGCCGGGCGGUGCUGGUGCAGAUCGCGAGACCGGUCCGGGGCAAGGGCAAGGAUCUGGAAGCCAUCGAGGCUGAGAUUCGCGAGAGCCACAACAGGAUCAACGCCGAGUUUGGCCACCCAGGGUACAUCCCUGUUGUCCUUAUCGACAGAGAUGUCUCUAGCGUCGAAAAAAGCGCCUUCUUCACCAUAGCAGAGUGCGUGGUGGUGACCGCGGUGAGGGACGGGAUGAACCUGACGCCGUACGAGUACAUUGUCUGCAGGCAGGGGAUAACUGGGUCCGAGUCCUCGUCGUCGGAGGUUUGUGGGCUGAAGAAGAGCAUGCUCGUAGUGUCAGAGUUCAUCGGGUGCUCCCCAUCUCUAAGUGGCGCUAUUCGCGUCAACCCUUGGAACGUAGAGGCCACCGCGGAGGCGAUGAACGAGGCCAUUUCGAUGUCGGAGCAGGAGAAGCAGCUGAGGCACGAGAAGCACUAUCGGUAUGUCAGCACCCACGACGUUGCUUACUGGUCAAAGAGCUUCAUCCAGGACUUGGAGAGGGCUUGCAAGGACCAUUUUAGAAGGACGUGCUGGGGCAUCGGAUUGGGGUUUGGUUUCAGGGUGGUGGCCUUGGACCCUCAUUUCACAAAGCUUAACAUGGAUUCUAUUGUUAUGGCUUACGAGAGGUCAGAGAGCAGGACUAUAUUGCUUGACUAUGACGGAACACUGGUGGCUCAGACUUCCAUCAACAAGGCACCUAGUGCAGAAGUUCUGAGGAUCAUCAAUACCCUCUGCUCAGAUAAGAGGAAUGUUGUUUUUAUUGUCAGCGGGAGAAGCAGGGAUAAAUUGGGAGAAUGGUUCUCCUCGUGCCCUAAGCUGGGUCUUGCAGCAGAACAUGGCUACUUCUUAAGGUGGAGUAGAGAUGAAGAGUGGCAAACGUGCGCCCAGGCUUCGGACUUCGGAUGGAUGGAAAUGGCAGAGCCUGUGAUGAAUUUGUAUACCGAAUCAACUGAUGGAUCCUACAUUGAGACUAAGGAAAGCGCUUUGGUGUGGCACCAUCAGGAUGCUGACUCAGGCUUUGGGUCCUCACAGGCCAAAGAGAUGCUUGAUCACCUGGAGAGUGUAUUAGCAAAUGAACCAGUCUCUGUCAAGAGUGGCCAAUUCAUUGUUGAAGUCAAACCUCAGGGAGUAAGCAAGGGAGUAAUAGCUGAGAAGAUACUGGCAUCAAUGAAGGAGAGAGGAAAGCAGGCCGACUUUGUAUUGUGCAUUGGUGAUGAUAGAUCAGAUGAGGACAUGUUUGAAAACAUUGCUGACAUCAUCAAAAGAGGCAUGGUUGCUCCAAAGACACCAUUGUUUGCAUGCACGGUGGGACAAAAACCAAGCAAAGCCAAAUUCUACUUGGAUGAUACGUUUGAAGUGGCCACCAUGCUUAGCACACUGGCCGAUGCAACAGAUGUUGAACCCAUCACUGGGUUGGCUGAUGAGUUGUCUGCGUCUGUCUCCUCAAUUGAUAUCGGCGCUGAACAAACACAGUCAAGUGAUAGACCUUUCAGGGGAUUGUAGUACAGGGUUUGGUUAAAUCUUCAGAUUAUGACGAUUGAUUCAACAGUCGCUUGUAUUCUGACGGAUAUGAAGUUGGGUACUCAAGCAAUGACUAACACCAGGGCCUACGAUGUGAAGCUACUGCAGAAGCAUGCUCAGACUCUCCAGUCGGGCAAGACAUCAUGAUCCUUUUGCUGCAAAACGUAGGUCCAUAUGUCCAUAGCUGACUCGUCACCUUUAUUUGCACAUUUCUCUUAAUCUUUUACCUUCUGAAGUAAAAUGGAAGGAAAGUGAACUUGUAUGGAAUAUGGAUGAGGUAAUGGUGUUAUAGGAUUGGUACUGCACAUGGGAAAUCAAAGGAGUGCAUCCGCAGCUUGUGAUCCCUUGUUAACAAGUUACACAGUGGUUUCGUUUUUGAAUUCUAAAGUCGUGGUGAUGUGAAUGCUCAGAUUUGUUCA